AUGGGUUGGCUGGUCUACCACAAUUUCUCGCUGGAGGCCGCAGUAUGCCCUAGUUGCCACUGGUUAGUGUUGUUGCUCCUGCGUCCUGUGCUAGUAGUUGUACCAGCUGUUCGUGGGCAGGUUGGAAGGGUAAGGCUGGGUGUGUUGUAUGUGCGUGCUGACAUAGAGGAGGCAGUGCCAGAGGGCUUCAGCGUGUCUACGAGUGAGAUGUGCGUGCAUGCAGGAACUGGGCCGCCCAAAAGUUGUCACCCCCAAGUUCAGCUUGAAGCCUCUUGUUCCACGCCAGUCGAGCUCCUUGGACUUGAAGUUGUGAUGGCCCCUGACUGCAUUGGUGAAGAAGCUGAAAAAUUGGCUGCUGCUUUGCCAGAUGGCGGUGUUCUACUCCUGGAGAAUGUUAGAUUCUACAAGGAGGAAGAGAAGAACUAUCCUGAGUUUGCUAAGAAGCUUGCAUCAGUUGCUGACCUUUACGUAAAUGAUGCUUUUGGCACUGCACAUACGGCUCAUGCUUCAACCGAGGGUGUAACCAAGUUUUUGAGGCCUUCUGUUGCUGGCUUCCUCAUGCAGAAGGUUUGGCAGCUAGUGCGUUAUUGGAGAUUGAAGUUUUCUAGCAGGAACUACUUUCGCCCGUAUAACUGCCCGAAAGCGGUGGCUUAG